CCAGGUUCCGGAAGAUCAUCAAAUUGUAGCUUUUCCGAAGAAAGAAAAUGGAACCCUGAAGUCGUAUUUAGCUAAAAAAAAAAAAAAAAAUCAAGCGGGCAUUAAACAUUAUCGAAAGAACGCCUGGACAGUCCAAACAUAUUGCUGAUACCUUAAUUGAACAGUCACUGGAUCUUGGUGCAAAUUGGACAGUGUUUCAGCCUCUAUCCCUUCUGCAUCAAUGGAAGGGUCUGACAGUUCAGAGCAAAGUGGCAGUGACCAACCCGAGUCCCAGCGGAGAAGGCAGUUAGACCGCUUAGACAGGGAGGAGGCCUUCUACCAGUUUGUCAACAAUCUCAGUGAUGAAGACUAUCGUCUUAUGAGAGACAAUAACCUCUUGGGCACUCCAGGUGAGGUAACAGCAGAUGAGCUUCUCAGUAGACUGAACCAAAUCAAAGAUGGUCCAGAACAGCAGACAAAUACCCCGAGUACUGAGAGUGGAGAAGAUCCCAACACUGAACAACCAGAGGUCCCUGAGGAUUCUGCCAAUGGGGACAGUCUCCUUGACUGGCUGAACACAGUGAGGCGCACAGGCAACACAACAAGAACUGGUCAUCGUGGUAACCAGUCAUGGCGGGCAGUCAGCCAGACCAAUCCGAACAGUGGAGAUUUUCGUUUCAGCUUGGAAAUCAGUGUAAACCGCAGCCUGGCUGAACAGCAAGGAAUUGGUGAAAGGGAGCAGGAGUCUGUAGAGGGCUCAGAAGUUGAGGCAAAUGCUGAACCGCAGGCUAAUAUGGAGACUGAUGUGGUGGAAGAACCAGUUGUAGAAGAACUGGCUGUCAUAAUGGAACCAGAGCCGGAGGUCCAGCAGGUUGUUUCACAGGAAAUUCUAGGAGACCCUCCCAUCUCACCCACUAGCCUGCCAGUCCAAACCUCAGUUUCCCUUUCUCCACGUAGAGGUCAAAGGAGAUCCCGCAGCCGCAGUCCAGGCCCACGCAGGAGUAGGACCCGUGUAGCCAGGAGCCGCUCUCCUCUCAAUGCUCCUCUCAACUUGGAUCAGCUGGAUGGUCUGCCUAAUUUACGCCAUGUGCAUACCCCUCAAGUCCCCAGCUCUGCUAUCAGUGCUCCCUCUGUGCCUCCAGUGGAGGGCAGCUCCCGGACUCGACAACAUGUUCUUCCCAGGCAAGGGGCUGUUGAGUACGAUGGUCAGACAUCUCAAGCUAAUGCAGAACCACCUACAGAGGCUCAAGAUGUUGCAUCUCAGGAGGGAGAGGUUCUUGGAGCAGAGGUGGGUAUAGGUGGCCGCCGUCUCCCUACCAUUAUGCUUGAUCUCCAGGUGCGUCGUGUGCGUCCAGGUGAAUAUCGGCAGAGGGACAGUAUUGCCAGUCGUACUCGUUCACGUUCCCAGAACUCUAACAACACCUUUCUGUAUGAAAGUGAGCGGGGUGGUUAUCGUCGGACUUUCUCUCGAUCUGAGCGUGCAGGAGUGAGGACCUAUGUCAGCACCAUUCGCAUCCCUAUCCGGAGAAUCUCAGAUGCAGGCUUAGGAGAGGCAACCUCAAUGGCUCUCCAGUCUAUGAUUCGGCAGAUCAUGACAGGCUUUGGUGAACUUGGCUAUUUAAUGGAUUCAGACUCUGAUUCUUCAGAUUCAGUUCGUGGCACUAACACACCUGCAGAUCUGUCGGAAGCACUCAAUAGUUCAGAUGCUACUACCGCUGGCCCCAUUGCUGCUGAUGUUGAUGAACCACCAGUGGCUUCUGGAGUCAGAGUCAGGACAGAUGAGCCAGAAUCGGGCGAGAGCCUUGCCACUGGUCUUGCUGCCACUGGGCUUGCAGCUUCUGGUGCUACCAUUCGACCUAGACCAUCAAUCAGCCUAGAGGAACCCAGCUCCCUGCCCUUCCUCCGCCUUGCCCAUUUCUUUCUCCUGAAUGAUGAUGAUGAAGACCAGCCCCAAGGGCUGACCAAAGAGCAGAUUGACAACCUGUCCAUGCGCAACUUUGGUGAAAAUGAUGCCUUGAAGACCUGUAGUGUUUGCAUAACAGAAUAUGCUGAAGGCAACAAGCUACGUAAGCUGCCCUGCUCUCAUGAGUACCAUGUGCAUUGUAUUGAUCGCUGGCUGUCUGAAAACUCCACAUGCCCCAUCUGCCGCAGAGCUGUUCUUGUGUCUGCAAACAGGGAGAGUGUGGUGUAGUGCCAGGAAGUGGGACGGGCUCACAGAAUUAACAUUGCAGCCGUUUUUUUCUCUUAACUGAAAUAGUCUAUUGUUAAGUCCAUAAACAGUUUUGAGGAACUGUCUCUAAUGUUCACAAAGGGUUUCCUUCAUCCUAAUUGUGAGUCUUAUCAUAAUGUAUGGGUGAUGAAUCGUCAAGGCAGUAGCUAGUUAAAACACUUUGGGCCCCAUUUUCAUGCACGUGCAGUGGCCAGCACAACCGCCAUUAAGAAACGUUGCUAUUGUCCUUGCACUGUAGUAUACACUUAACAUCUGUGCAGUUUUUUUUUUUUUUUUGGCCAAGGCAGAGUUCACUGUACAGAUUGAGGUGAGGUGCACAUAUGGGAGUUUCAUUUAAAUGUGGCAGUACAUGGUAAAGUUUUGGUUUUUGGCUUAAGACAAAAAAGAAAAAAUGGCAACUUAGCUCUUGUACCCAGAUCUGUUCUUGGUGCAGUGACAUGUUCCACAUCAUUUAGUUUCGAGCCUGUGCACAAUCUGCAAACAGUACUUGCUGUAUACAUAUAGCAGUCUCAGACUUGUUCCCAAAAACUGCAGUAAUUUUAAUGAAUUCCUCAAACCAGUAGACACAUUUAGACAUAAAUGAAAGUUUAAUAGUUAUAACAGCUGUUAUGUAAUUGAAUGGUUACUGUUGUUUAACUACAGCUGCAUUAUACAGUAUGAAAGCAAGCUAAAAUGUGUGAAGGCACCUGCCUUGAUGUGUGAAGAGGCUGUGCAUCUUGCACUUUGAUGGCUGUUGGCAAGAACUCCUCUCAUCAGAAGUUUGAGGUUAAUUUUAAUUCCGUGCAUUUUAUGGUUUGUUUUUUGUGAUACAGUGCAGCGAAAUUAAGUCACAAUUUAUGGUUUAGUUUUGGUUUAUUGCUUUCAUUCCAACCUUACAGUCAUCAGUACAGAUUUGUUAAUUUGGCAAAAAAACAAUAACAUUUGUGAAAUCCCAUGAACAUGAUUAAGUAUUAACAAGCCACUGUUGACAUAUUGGUGGUUGCUGGGAUUUGUCACAUUAUUUUGUGGAAAGAUGACUCUCCUUUUGAUGAGGUGGAUUCACUAUGAUUGGCACAUUAGUGCUUUGAGAGGAAUGAAAAGUUACAUGCCUGGCUGAAACAACGGUGACCACACAUUCUAAAUAAUACUCCCAAUUAAUUUAACCUGUUUUCAAGUAGUACUGCUGCACUUAUGAGUCUGGAGGCUCCCACUGAGACUAUUAAAUACUAUGCGGUGCACUGCAUCUUUAAAAUAGGGCCCACAGUACUGACGGUUGUUGCAGACAAACAGAGGCAGGUAAUGCAUGCUGUUUGAAUGAGCUCCACUAACAGACCCAUCUAUUAGAAAGAUGUUCCAGUUAGAGAUGACGCACACAUCUGGACAGUUCAGGCAUUUCAAAUUUGCUCUUUUGUAUUGGCUCAAAAAAGGCACUUUUAUAUUGUAAGGCAGUUAAUGGUACAGUUACACCAGUUCAAAGUAUUAUCUGUAAAUAAACUUAUGAGAGGAAUUUUGAAUCACAUGGUCAGUUCCAUAAUUGUGAGUUUUGUUGUAUCUGAUUCCGGAGUUGAAAGCAUAUGAUGACCGUGAGGUUAUUGAGUAAUGUCUGUUGUUAAGAGUAUAUUCUCGCCUAAAUGGAAUGAAUGUAUGGUCUGACUUUUUUUUUUUAAUCCAAAAGUAAUCAAUUAUCUGCUCAUCUGUUUUUUGAUGAGGUGUUAUUUCCUCAUUUUAUUUACAAGAAGGUCUGAAGUUAUUUCAGAUGUUCUGUUUGCUUUUACAGUAUGUAAGCGGGAUGUCUAAAGCAAAUCCGUUAAAUGGUAAAACAUUGCUUGGUUAAUACAACUUUUUUCCUUUUCUUUUUUAAGAGGUCUAACUCAAAUGAACCCAAGAACAACCAAUACUAUGUUAGCUAAGCGAUAGUCAUCCUCUUCCUUGAGAAUCGUCCUAACCAGAUCAAGAAUGCUCUCCAGGAGUUAGACUCCUUUGUCAAAGUUAGACAUCACAAUAGAAAAUUGAGGAUAUACCACAAAUUACAGUCCAUAUUUGAUAUGAUAUUGGCCACAGAGCAUAUAACGUUGGACAGUUAUGGAAUAACAUCCUGUAAAUUGGUGACACGAGCUGACUUGUCCCACAGUGGUGGCGUGAGGAGUGAAGGGCCUGUUCAGGAAAGCUGAAACAUGCCACUUCAUCGGUGAGACAUGGUGUAGGUGUGUAUGGAACCGGUUUCUUUGUAUGUGUUGAUGUGUGACUGCUUGGGGAAAAGCAGCAGGAUGAAUUCUGAAGCAUUCGGGUCAGUGAUAGCAGCUCACAUUCAGCCGAAAGUAAAAACUUAUGUCAAGCUGAGGUGUACUGUAAAUGCAACUUGAGACUUAAAAGCAUAGAGUGAAUGUUCUGCGUUGAAUCGACCUGAAUACAGCUGAGCAGCGUUUCACUUGCGCCAAAGUGAAGAACAAGCAGGAAGUGAAGACGUCUGUUGUGGAACCCUGGCAGAGUAUCACCAGGGCAGAAAACUAUAGUUGUUUUUACGGCCACCACAAAACUCUGAAACCUUUUGACCACUUUGAAUUGAAAUACCGUCAAAGGUAAGACUGCAGUUCAUGUGUGUAUUGAUGAUAUGCUUUCAACUCCAGUAGGUUGUGUUGGGCAAAUAAAAUAAUUAUGGAGCUGACGAUAACAGUUGAUUAGUCUUGGUUUGUAAGAACUCCGAUUAUACUUGAGCUGUACUAAGUGUUGCUGAACUUGCAGGUGGAUUCAUUUCUUCAGGCUCGCAGCAUGUAUUUGCCUCUGCUCUUCCUUUCUUUUUUUUAGCAGGAUAAUUCAAGACAGCUUUUUUUUUAUGUUUUGUAAGACAACCCCCAUUUUAGUUUGGAGAUCUAGGAGUGAAUUUUCAUUACAGCGCUGUGUUUUUGAUCAUUUUUCAGUUAUUUAAAAGUAAGAUCCCCCCCCCCCCCCACUGCCAAAACUGCAUGUAUCAAAAUUUGAACAGUAGAUUUGUUGACCAAAUUGAUUGUCUACAAACAGUUUGGUUCAGAUCCAGAUAUUAUCGGUCCUUAGCAGAGGUAAGUUCUGUUAGUCCUGCAAAUACUUAUGGAUUGUCUGAAGGUUGUAUUUUAAGAGGUUUAAGUUACAGGGUGACACGUGUUACUUUUAACAACAAAAAAAAAGUUGCAUUUUAUUAGUUAUUAAAAGUGGAGUGCUGAAAUGUUUUAAAUUGUAGAAUGAUGUACAGGUUUAAGACAAAAGAUCAAUGCAGUUGGGAUGUGGUAUGUACAAGCUUAUUUUAAAGUAAUGUGAAGUCUAGAUUGCCUUCAUUGUUAUGAAAAGUUUUCAUACUAUAGGGGUUUGUUAAUUUUUAUGCAUUGGGUUAACCUAUUUAAAUCACUGGUAUGAGUCCCCUACUUUCUUCUUAAAGGAAAAUAGAUUCACUAACAGUUGCACAUGAAAUUUAAGUUUAGAUUUUUUUUUCACUGCAACCCCCUUUUUAAAAAACAAAUGUACAGUAUGACUAUUUUCCCAGUAAUUAUCUUGUUAUAUGUCUUUAUUUCUUAACUGAUUAUAAAUGUCAGAACAAUUGGUGUUUUCACAAGUGUCUUAACUAUAAUUGGCUUUGUGCUAAUGUCUUGAAAAGCUUUUUCAGCUCAUUAAGACUCUAGAUCACCUGCAGGCCCACGUCACAGUUACGGCCAUUAUUAAUCCCAAUGUAUAGGACAUUCACCAAGUUUGAGGUUGUUGCGUCUCAGUAAGUGACGCUCCAGUUGGAAAUUGGAAUCUGCCUACUCUGCCGUGUUCUUUUCCUCACGAGAAGAUACUUCAUAUGUGUGCAAUACAUAACAGAAGUGAAAGUAGGGAAACUUAUGAUGUAAAAUGUAUGCUAUUAUUAAAACUUAAUGGCUAAAAUCAUAAAUGAAGACUUAUGUUUUAAUGUGUUGAAGUUUGUUUAGGUUAUAAUGGCUCUGUGGAUGAGCAGGAACACUGAUCAAGGGAAGGAAUCGGCAUCACCACAUGCCAUCUUGUCAUGUGUCGUUUCACUCAUUGCCAGUUAUUACUCCCCUGUAUGGGGUAUCAGAGUUUGAAUGCAAGAUGUUGUCAUUGUUGAAUACUAUAAAGUUGUAAAUGAAAAAUGUAUGUUCCCAUUUUAGCUUUCCUAGUUUGGACUUGCUCUGUGACCCACCUAGUGAAAUAUGUUAACUGGGUGCUGGAAGUAACUGCUGAAUUAAACAAAUGUUAUGCCACAAAA